AUGCAGAAUCCAUUUCAAAAUCUCACCACCUCUCCACCUUCACCUCGAUUCACUCCACCAACAUCACAAAUAACAUCUUCACCAAUCCUCUCCACAAUUCCGAUAACAUCCAUCCUGCCUCUACCACCAACGAGUUCUGUUGGAAUAUCACUUCCUCAGAUCUCAAUCCAUAUAUCCUCACCUAUCUUUAUAGAUUCAACCCCUCCUACAACUUCAACAGUCUCUACUCCACCAGAAGUUCCUUCUUUCAAAUCUGUUUCAAAGGAGAUCUGGAGUUCUGACAUCACAGGCAACACAUCCAAUGUGGGGAAAAAUGCUAACAUUGGUGAGACGUGUUUUGAGAAGAUUGAGAAAUCCAUGAUCUCUGAUGGUGCAGUAAAUCGAAAGGUCUGUUAUUUUUACUUGAAAUAUGUGAAACCACAUACCAAUCAUGUCCUUCAAGAGUUCACUUUGGCUUAUCUGUCACUCAUGAACCCUUAUGAUUGGUUAUCUCUAUUUUACAUUGUGGCUGGAUAUGUCAAGAAGUAUGAGCCAAUUUUCGAACACUUGAAGCGGACGAUUAUGUGUUACAUCCUUGAAAUUGAAAAAAUGGAUGUUAAGAUUUCUUCUGUUCAAAAGAAGAGGCCUAUUCUAAAGCCAUAUGAACAACCGGAAGACAUCCAACAUUUGAAGGCAGGGGUCAUUCAAAAGAAGCAUUGGAGCAUUGUUUACAAAAGGAAAAAAAGGUAA